AUGGACAAUGAUCUAGAUGAUGGCGACGAAAAGGGAGGCAACGUGCGAGAACAAGACCGGUUUCUUCCCAUAGCGAACAUCAGCAGGAUAAUGAAAAAAGCCUUGCCAGCUAACGCCAAGAUUGCCAAGGACGCCAAAGAAACUGUGCAGGAGUGUGUAUCAGAAUUCAUCAGCUUCAUCACGAGCGAGGCAAGCGACAAAUGCCAACGGGAGAAACGGAAGACCAUAAAUGGGGACGACCUGGUGUGGGCAAUGGGAAUCCUGGGCUUUGAAGAGUAUGGAGAGCCACUAAAGCUUUACCUGCACAAAUACCGUGAGGUGUGCUUUGAAAUCCUCCUGAAGGAUUCCUGA